AAAUAAAGUAAUAGCUGUGUAGCUGUGAAGGCCAGAGCCGCUGUGUAUGGACGUUUGUUGUGUUGUCGUUCUCUGUCGAUUUGUUGCAGUUUAACUAAGAUUUUUUAAAAUAUGUCUUUACAAUCGUUUAAACCUCGGCCAAAGUUAAUUGUUUUUGAUUUAGAUUACACGCUCUGGCCAUUUUGGGUCGACACCCAUGUUUCACCACCGUUCAAAAUGAAGGGCUCGAAGGUGGUCGACUCUCAGGGGCAGGAAGUCAAACACUACGCAGAGGUGCCGGAGGUGCUCAGGCUUCUGUCUGCGGGCGGCUACCUCCUGGGUGUCGCUUCGAGGACGGGCGAGAUCGCAGGAGCCAACCAGCUGCUCGACCUGUUCGGCUGGGACAAGUACUUCCAGUUCAAAGAGAUCUACCCCGGCCGCAAAGUCACUCACUUCACCAAGAUCAGGAAGGACUCCGGGGUGCCGUUCAGCGAGAUGGUGUUCUUCGACGACGAGGCGCGGAACAUCAGAGAUCUAGCAGAGCAAGGUGUGGUGUCUGUGCUGGUCCACAAUGGGGUCUCGAAGAAGGUCGUGGAGAAGGGACUGAAGCAGUUCAGCGAGGGAGUGAAGAGAUGAUGCGGCAAUGCCCUUGUAGUAUGCCCAUGAGCUAAACAAUGUUCGGCUUAACAUGCCAUAUUGGGUUAAACAUUACAUGUGGAAUUUUGUAGCUAAUUUUGCCGUUAGACAUGAGCUACAUGUUAUCUGCCAUUAACAGGUUUCCCUUAAAAAGGGUAUCUCUCCAAAACUGAGAAAACUCAAAGAAUUGAAUAGGUGUCUUAAAAACUAUGAAAAAACAGGGGAAAUUUUUAGUACUAAGUACAAAAAUAUCUGUAAUUUCCUACAUUAUCAUGUCUUAAAAUUAAAUUUAAUUAUAAUUUCAUGUGUGGUUUGUAAUCCGUAUAAGAUUUUUUACAAACUUUAAUUAAACAUAAAGGAUACAAAAAUCUGUUUAUUAAUUGAAAGCAGACUCAAAAAACUAUAGUCUUUAGCUUAAUCACAUUCAAACAUGUAUCAUAAAGUCAAAAUUAAACCAAUUACAGAAGACCUCCGAUUUUCCGGGCGCUGGUUAUCCAGUUUGUGGGUUAACCAUGCCAUAUUUCACUUUCAUAAACCAUAAACAUAAUAUAUUUUUAACUAUAUUUUAUUUUUAAUUUUGGUGAUAUAUUGAUGUUUUAGAGCAUUUUAUAUUGUUAUUCAAGACGAAAAAUGCUGUCAAACAUAGUACGUACAUAGUUGGUAAGUUUUAGCAUGGAACUUUGAAACUGUUAGAGCAAAUUAUAAAUGAACCCCCUGUAAGCCAUACACGCUUGUGUUCCAUGUGCCCUUGUGAACCGCGCUCAGGCUGGCAUCGGCACGGCACGGCACGGCUGUUCUGUGACUCACAUGAGUAAUAGGUAACUGGCCUGUGUAGUUUCAGGGCAACAGUUGCAACCAGCAACAAACGCCUUGCAACACUGGAAGAGGUAGCUAUAGUUGGAAAGAUGAAAUAUGACAGGGAAAAUUUCAUUUUGGAAACCACAGAAGCAUUUAUUUUGGCAAACAUACCACUUGAAAAGUUAGACGACAGUAAAUUCCGUGACUGGAUAAACAAAAAUGUUAAGGGAGGUGGGGAUAUUCCUUCCGCUAGUUCCAUUCAUAGAACAUAUAUCCCCAAAUUAGGCGAAAAAACUGAAAAUGACAUUAAGAGUGAGUUUGAAGGUAAAGAUAUUUGUGUCCUUUGUGAUGAAACAACUGACAAAGGUGGAAGAUGUGUUUUCAACAUCUUUAAGAAAUUGGAACCAGCCAGUAACCAGACCACAAAGCUAGUUGCUUCCACAGUACUUGAUGCUGCAAACUAUGCAACAUGUUUAAAAGCAAUUUUGGAUACCCUAGUAAAGUAUGGAAUUGGAUUUGAUUCAGUUAAGGCCAUAGUGAGUGAUUCUGCUCCUUAUAUGACAAAAUGUUUCAAUAAUCUGUCUGGUCUACUGGAACAUGCAGUUCAUUUGCAAUACUGGGCCCACAAGAUGCACUUAGUGGGCAACACUUGGCAGACUUCACUAACACUGUUACACAAAACAGUGGCAAAGAUCAAGAAGGCAUUUUUGAACAACAGGAAAAGGAAACACCACUAAUCUUACAUAUCAGAAAAGUAUGGAAUGUCCAGUGGAAAAGUAAAGGUGUUCCCUGAGCCAGUUUUAACAAGGUGGAAUUCGUGGUUCCGAUCAGUAGUUUACAUUUGCAGCUAUUUUGAUGACGACAUUGAGUUCUUUGCAUCAUCUGGUAAUUCAUCAGACUAUGACAACAGCAGUAUUACUUGGCUAAAGGAGAGGAGCUCUGCAGAACUGCUACAAAUCAUAGUUGAGGCUAAAUUUGUUUCAGAAUACUGCAAGCCAAUUGAAGAGCUGAUAACUUUUCUUGCUGUAAACUAAAUGAUAUAGAGACAAAACUACAGUUGCUAAGCACUGGAAAAAUAGAGCAGUUCAGCCCUUGUAUGGUUUUGCUUGAGCAGUUGUCUGCAGUUAAGCAAGCUGAGGAACUGUCAUCACUUAAAGCAGCAGCAGUGAAGGCACAUUCCAAACUUCAAGAUUUGAGGAAAAAUGAUUCUGCUGCAAAAAUGUUUUUGAGCAUAAGUGUUCUGCUUAAUCCCAGAAACAUUAUGAAACCAAUCUCAGAAAACAAACAGCUUCAGGAGGAUAUGAACAACAUACCUUUUAUCAAACAACUUGCCCUGCAAACCUUUUUAGAAGGUUUUCAUGCCAUGAGAAACACAAUCGUUGAAGAUCUAGGGAGGCCAGAUUGUUCUGAAGUAGACAUGGUGAAUCUGUUGUGCUCAUUGAAGGCUGACCAUAGUGAUUUUGCUUCAGGAUGUUUGAAGGCAAUAUGGUUGCCUAUCAGUAAUGUGGACAGUGAGAGAUCAUUCUCCCAAUACUCACUUGUAGUGAGCGACAGGUGCCGCAAUCAUCUGCCAGAAAAAUGCAAAAAUCUUGACAAUGGUUAAUUUUAAUUAAUGGUCAAUGACUCAAUGAGUGAAGUGCAGAACAGUUAUAUAGAUCAUAUAGGAGUUCUAUGAUUUUAAUUAAUGUAUAUUAUUUUGUUCAUUUUAGAGGUUAUUGUUAUCGUCAAUAAUAAUUAAUGCAUAAAGGUAUUUUAUUGAAAAAUAGAUAAUAUCAUUCAGAAAAUCAAAGGGGAAGAGAAUGAGGGAGAAACUGGAAGUGAUAGUGAAGGUGAACAGCCUGUAAAAGUAUCGCCAAUUCUCACGCACAGUUAUGCCGAAGGUCUUCUCGACUACCUGGACACGGAUGAAGAUAGCCUCCUUAUGGACAAAAUGGUUUUAUGGAGAAUUCUUUCCAAUAUAUAUUCGUAAGAGGAAAAUGAAUCCAAGAAGCAGAUGUCGUUGAAGGUCAUUUUUACUGCUGUAUAACUGUGGUGUUGAUGUAAAAUACAGCUAUGUUUUAGUGAUAUGUACUGCAACAUUUUGUGUGAAUUAAUUACGUCUAACACUUUAGUACCUAUUACGUACUGUGCGUGUUUAUCGGGGUAUUUUCAUAAUGUUUGUUGUGAAUCAAGCCAGAAAAUUUGCCGAGGUACUAGAGUGUACACAUAUGAAUCAUGUUCAACCUUAUACAGCAUUUGUCUAAUUGAGAUGAAAAAAUUUUAUUUUAAAAUUUUUUUAGUCAUUGCUUAAAUCGUGUUUUUCAGUUAUCCGUGGUAAUCUGGAGUCUACUGUAUUUGUUAUUUUUAUCAUACUGGCAGUUUUGGUUACGUAGUUCUGACCAAAAUGAUAACAGUGCAAAAUGUAUAUUGUUCAGGAAAACAUUUUGUAGUCAUUUUGCAUAAACAUAUUUUGUUUUUAUAGUAAUUUGUAUUUUAGUAUAGCUAUUACUUUGUCAGGUGGACAGAUUAGGCAAGGAAUAUAUGUUAAAUUGGACAGAAAAACAGCUGAAGUAAGAGUGUGGGGACCCUGUUUAGUAAAAGUUGGGCAAAUAUUCAUAAAUAAAAUUUUUGCCCGUUAAGUUAUGUCAUGUCAUUUUCACUCGCCAGAAGUUCAUGUUCUGGGUAUUUAUUUAAAGCUGAGUAAUGCAUCUGAAAUGGUAAGAUAGUCAUGGUUACAAAAUAUAUUUCUUCAUAAAAACCUAUAAUUAGAGAAAAACUAAAAAUUCACUAUGGAAAGUGAAGCCGAGCAUUAAGGAUACUUGUGUCCUGGCCGUCUUCUAUGUAUGCUCCGUAAAGUGUGCGGACAAAGAUCAUCUCUAGUCUUUUGUGAUAUGAGAUUUAUUUAUAUGUUUGUGAAAUGUUAUUGAUUAAAGUUUUAUGGUUUUAACAA